GAAUGGAGAACUGAAUGAAUUGAGUUCCUCACAGAGUGAAAGUACUUUGUUGAAAAGAAGUGCCAAGACAUCUUUCACCUGCCCUCAGUGUGGAAAGAGUUUUGCAUACAAAAAAGUCUUAAAGUUCACAUGAAAAUCCACACUGGAGAGAAACCCUACACAUGUGAUCAGUGCGGGAAGAGUUUCAGUAAGGCGAACAGCUUCAAAUUACACCUGCGUUAUCAUUCUGGAAAAAGACCCUAUACCUGUGAUCAAUGCGGUAAAGAUUUUUUCAGGACAGAUGCCCUGAAGAACCACCGGAAAGUUCAUACACAGGAGAAGCCUCACAUUUGUUCUUUGUGUGGAAAGAGUUUUACUGAGCUGGCUGCUUUAAAAAAACACCAGAAAAGACACAGCGGUGUGAAGAAUCAUAUGUGCUUUGAUUGUGGGAAUGUAUUUUUUGAUAGUGCUCAACUGAGACGGCACCAGAGAACUCACACUGGAGAAAAACCUUACAAGUGUUCACACUGUGACAAGAGUUUCAGUCAGUCAGAACAUCUGAAAACACACGAGAGGGUCCACACUGGAGAGAAGCCGUACCCAUGUGAUCAGUGCGGGAAGAGUUUUGCCCGAAAAGGACACCUUAAGGGUCACAUAAAAAACACACACUCGAAAGAAGCCGUAUCAUUGCACUCAUCGUUGUAGCAUCAGCAGAUCUUAAACAGAUUCUUAAGAUUCUAAUCCCACAAUAGGCACGUCUCUGCUUCCUAACCAGCUGAACUCCAAAAUUAACACUAAAACUCUUUUAUCAUUGGUAACAUGAUGUGACCUCCAUAUUGGAUACAGAAAUUGAUUUUGUUUGCUAACACUUGAGCCACUGUGUUUGUGGUUUUGGGAAAACGUCAAAACUUAGGCCUUCCCUUGUUACUGGGUUGCAGAUAAAUGAAAUCAAAUUUAGAUAAUCUUAUAGCCAUGGUUAGAUUUGACUUAUUUACAAUAUUUCAAUAAGAUUAAUUUAAUUUGUAAAUCAUGUUAACAUUUCUCAUUGAAGAGUUUUGCACAAGUAGAAGAGAAAUAAGUUCUUUUCUCACGAGUUUGAUCAUUAUUCCUUUAAUUUUCAAUUCUUAAUAAGUCUUGCUAUUCGUCACCUUCUGUUUUUCUCUGUUCACAGCACUACUACUUUCAACUUCUUUCCCUCUUUCUAUAUUCUGAUCAUUCUUCAGCAACUUUCUUUCUUCUUUUAAAUCAAUGCUGAAUCAUCAUGAGAUUAAAGGCCAUGCCUGGCCAUUGUAAUAUAAUAUAUUAUAAGGUUGUUAUAAUAAAAAUUACAUUACAUUACAUUAAAAAUAGUAUAAAUUUAAAAUAUUUUUUGUUACUGGUCCCUGUAGGUCCUCUUGAGCAGCUUGUUUAGAAUGACUGGUUAUCUUCUCUCUGAUCUUUCUGAAGAUAUACUCUUGAUUUGGUCCUUGGGCUACAGCAGUCCUGACAUGCAUUGUGUGCAUAGCAGCAGGCCAAACUGGAAACCAGCUAGAGGUUUUGCUGCUGUGAACAUUCAAUGAACUGCAAGCACAUAUUGAAAGCAUGGGUCAAAUAAUUGCUCAAUCUGAAGAUUUGUGGA